GCAGCACAGCAGCAACCUGCUGGAUGCAGAGAUUCCCUGCCCUCUGCAAGAGAGACAGUCAGGUGCUGGUGAAACGGAGGAAGGAGGGGGCCGGGCUCAGGCAGGCUGGAGGAGGUGCCGACAUUCUCAGAAGCAGCCAUCCGUCUUAUUACUAGCAUUCCAAAUAGGACUAAGGGCUCAAGUCCCGGCUCAUAGAAAAACGUGUCAGACAGUCCUUUCCACAGAGAUAAAAAUCAAGAAAAGAACUCUAUGUGUUCCGGACGCUGGCAACUUUGCCUCCAAAGGGCCGGCUUUGGCUUUCUACCUAGGGGCAUAGGCUGGGCCCCCAUUGGCUCGAAGGAGAGCCGCCUAGCAGAUACUCGGCUGGCUAUUGGCUAAAGCGCGCGGGAGAGGACGGUUCCUUAGAACGUUGGCUUUGUUUUCGCUUCCCAGCGGGGCCUUGUGAUGGCGCUACGGUGGUGCUUGCUUCUCUUAGCUGUAGCUGGAGCGUCCGGUUCCCGGUGGGAAUCGAUCGUCGGUUUGCAGCCAGAGGCGGAGGAAGCGCAGCAGGCAGCAGCGGUGCGGGAUCUGUUGGAGCGAUUGGUGGGCCUGCGGGCUGCCUCCGCCUUCUUGGUAUCGGUCAACCGGUCUUUGGCCGGGCCCGGUGGGCUCGACACCUACCGGCUGAGCUCUGAGACGCAGCCAGGAGUUGUGGUCGUGACCGGCUCCAGCGGAGUAGCCGCCGCCUCAGGGAUUUACCACUACCUGAAGGACUUCUGCGGUUGCCACGUCUCCUGGUCUGGGACACAGCUCCGACUACCGGACAGUCUGCCGCCGGUACCCACAGAGAUCAGCGUCACCAGCCCCAACAGGCUCCGCUUCUAUCAAAAUGUCUGCACCCAGAGCUACUCCUACGUGUGGUGGAGCUGGGAACGCUGGGAACGGGAAAUUGACUGGAUGGCGCUCCAUGGCAUUAACAUGGCGCUGGCGUUCACUGGACAGGAAGUCAUCUGGCAACGGGUAUAUUUGUCCCUGGGUCUUAACCAGUCAGAAAUUGACGAGUAUUUCACUGGCCCAGCCUUCCUGGCUUGGAACCGGAUGGGGAACCUCCACACCUGGGCAGGGCCAUUGCCGCUCUCAUGGUACCUGAAGCAGCUCUACUUGCAGUACAGGAUCCUGGAGAGAAUGCGAAGCCUGGGAAUGCUGACAGUGCUGCCUGCCUUCUCGGGACACAUCCCCAGUGGCGUCUUAAGGGUUUUCCCCCGGAUCAAUGCCACGCGGCUGGGAAGCUGGAGUCAUUUUGACUGCACCUACUCAUGUGCCUACCUCCUGUCGCCUGAAGAUCCCAUGUUCCAGGUCAUUGGGACCCUCUUCCUGAAGGAGCUGAUCAAGGAGUUUGGAACAGACCAUGUGUAUAGUGCUGACACCUUCAACGAGAUGCGUCCACUCUCAUCGGAUCCCACUUACCUGACCAAGGUCAGCGCAGCUGUCUUCCGCUCCAUGACCGGAGCUGACCCCAGCGCUGUGUGGCUAAUGCAAGGCUGGCUUUUCCAGCACCAGCCCGACUUCUGGCAGCCGGCCCAAGUCCGAGCCCUCCUGCAGGGUGUGCCUCUCGGCAGGAUGGUAGUGCUGGACCUCUUUGCUGAGUCCAAGCCAGUCUAUUCUUGGACAGAGUCCUUCUAUGGGCAGCCCUUCAUCUGGUGCAUGCUUCACAACUUUGGGGGCAACCAUGGCCUUUUCGGCACAGCGGAGAGCAUCAACCACGGCCCUUUCGCAGCCAGGGACUUUCUCAACUCCACCAUGGUGGGCAUUGGCCUGACCCCUGAAGGCAUUGAGCAGAACGACGUGAUGUAUGAGCUCAUGACAGAUCUGGGCUGGCGUAAGGAGCCGGUGGAUCUUCAGCAUUGGGUGACUGAAUACGCCACCCAGCGCUACGGAACUGGGAAUGCAGAGGCCACGGCAGCCUGGCAGCUGCUGCUCCGGAGCGUCUACAACUGCUCGGGGGCUUGCGUCAACCACAACCGCAGCCCGCUCGUGCACCGUCCUUCCUUGCGGAUGAACACGGAGCUCUGGUACAACCAGAGCGAUGUCUAUGAAGCCUGGAGGCUCUUGCAAAGUUCAGCCAGUGAGCUCGGCGCUAGCAGCCCCUUCUGCUAUGACCUGGUGGACGUGACACGCCAGGCCAUGCAGCAGCUGGUGAGCAACUAUUAUUUGGAACUCAAGCAGGCUUUUCAGGGCCACAUGCUGUCGCAGCUCCUGACUACUGGUGGUGUGCUGGUCUAUGACCUCCUCCCAGAACUGGAUAGCCUCCUGGCCAGCGAUGGCCGGUUCUUGCUGGGCCGCUGGCUAGAAGCUGCCCGCCUAAUGGCCACCAGUGACAAAGAGGCAGAGCUGUAUGACCUCAAUGCGCGCAACCAGCUGACUCUUUGGGGCCCCAAUGGCAACAUCUUGGACUAUGCCAAUAAGCAGUUUGGUGGGCUGGUCCUGGACUAUUAUGGGGUGCGCUGGAGCCUCUUUGUGUCCACUUUGGUGGAGUGCCUCAACACUGGAACGCCCUUCCACCAGAGCCAAUUCAACCAAGCUGUUUUCCAAGUGGAGCGAGGAUUUAUCUACAAUGGGAAACGGUACCCAGCCAAGGCUACUGGCAACACGCUGGAGAUUGCCAAGAAAAUAUUUCUCAAAUAUUUCCCUGCUGCUAUGAAGCAAGGCCAUUUGGGGGCAGCCUGAAGGAGACUUCCUGUGGGGAGAGGCUCUUCUCAGCUUAGCUCUUUGGACCAUCCAUCCCAGCCACUGUUCUUGACUUUCAUUUCUCCUCUGAGCAAGAUCUGACCCUGCCCAGCUUGCUAUGGUGACUUUUUUUUUCAGUGCACAAUCCAACAUCCAAGAUAUACUGGAGCUGGCAGGAAACGGGGAGGGCAGUGACCAGUUGGCAGAAAAAGAUAUCCUGGGGCUAAAGCCUUCAGGGAAGGCGUGUCCUUUGACCAGGAAGCUCCGCAUCCUAGUUCCUGAUGUGUAAAGGCUGGCGGUGGUUGGUGGCAAUUGUCAGGAACUUCAGCACAUGCUUGGUGGAACUUGUCCUCAUUAUUCACAUGUACCAGAGCUGGUGGUUAGAGGCCACCUCCAGCCUCAGAGGCAAGUUGCCUCUCAAUACCAGUUGCAGGGGAGCAACAGCAGGAGAGAGGGCAUGUCCUCACUUCUUGCCUGUGGGCAUCUGGUGGGCCAUUGUGUGAAACAGGAUGCUGGACUAGAUAGGCUUUUAGGUUCUCAGAUUGAGCUUGUGGAGCGGGUGGGAAUAGGCUUUAAUGCCUUAAUCAGAGUUGGAAGGUUAUGCAAGGCCUUCUCAUCCAGCUCCCUGCUCUAGGGCCAUCCACAUGUUAUCCUCUGCAGUCCAAUCAUAGUGUCCCACAAGCAGACACUGGUGCACUGCAAAAGGUGCCUGCAGAGCAGAUUGCUCCAGAUGGCUUCUGCAAGCCAAGCCAUACGUUCCAGCAGAAGCAUUGGAGAAGCUAGAAGGUCAUUACAGGGCUUGAGACCAAAAACCUAGGCAUGCUUCCUUGCCCUCCAUGUUGCCCAAAGAUGAAAGGGUACACUGUAUGUUGGACUGCAGCGUUCUAGUCCUUCUGGGGGACUGUUUGUUGGUCAGCCUGCUUGUUGAUCUAAGAAAUAACCUUGAGCCCAAAUAGGGAGGGGGUUGUGCUUGAGACUAUUACACCUGGACUCCCUUUUGUGCCAAGGGAUGCUGCAAGGUGAGCAAGGGAUGCUUGAGGCAGAGAAGCUGGAGCUUCGCCUUCAAAUUUUAGGUUCUGAAUAAGAGUUGCAUCAUUCCAGAAUGACAGUGCAGCUGGUUUGGGGUAGGACUUUGGGCCUUCCAUAGAGUGGGGAAGGUAUGGGAGAAGUGCUCCCUCUAACAGGGAUUCCCAGGCGUUGUUGACUACAACUCCCAUAACCCCCAAGCAAAAGCCAUUACAGCUGGGGAUUCUGGGAAUUGUAGUCAACAACGUCUGGGAAUCCCUGUUAGAGGGAACACUGUAUGGUUCUUUCUUCAGAAUUUGGAGGUAGGAGUUGGAAAUACUGGGGGUGGGGUGGGGGUGGAGGAAGGAAGAAAACUCAGAAGGAAGGCCCAAAACAAGUAAGCUAGCCAGCUGAGGCUGUGAUCUUGAACUGCGCCCACCCCUUCUACAUUGUUAGUACUAAUGACAAAUACAAGGAAGCUUGUCCGAUAUUCCUUUCAUACCCCUAAUAAUUUUAUCUUUCAUAAGGAGUUCUCUCACUGCCUCUCUGACUUUUCUCAGUGCCUUACUACUCCUGAGUGACUAUGGGACAAGUUAACAUAUGUACAUGUAUCUUAUAUAAUGGUGAACUCAGGUGCUUGAGUGCCCAUCAGAUGGGAAACAAAACAGGGCCACCCAGAGACAAAUGAGUGAUUUAUAAGUGUUCAGCAGUCACCCUAGGUAUUCAGAAGUACAUACUUUUGUAAAAUAAAAAGCAAAUCCCCCCCCACACAAAAAAACACCCAGCCUGAUGUGGGCUGAGCAUGCUCAGUUUCCUCUAGCAGCGACAGAAUGCUGGUAUUGAGGAAAAGAACACAGGGGCAGUGAACAGGGGGGAAGGAAUUGGCCUGCUGGAGCCAUUAACCCUCCCUGACUGGGGUUGCCUAUCUUGGAGGUGGGCAUUAAGGUUGGGGUGAUGGAACAUUUUGUUGCAUAUCCCAUCAUUUCUGUUGUCUAUGUUCAUAAUGAUGCCUCAUUUCUGUAACUAGUUCUGGUCUGAUAUCUUUAUAAACGUGCCCUUUUGUGGUAAAAGGGGGGCACAAUGAGGGCUCUUUGCACUUUUGCACCUUAUAAAGACAACUGGAAUGCUGUGAUCUGGUGAAAUGAUGCAGAUCAGCAUAUUUACAUAGUAGAUGUACUUAUUUUGCAUAAUUCUGUUUCUGGUAACGGGGAGGGACAGACAACAAGCAGUCCUCGGCAGUGAAGCCCUGCUUCAGCACCCCACCCUGCCUCCUUAACGAGAUUCAACCAAGUAACCUUGGUUGCAACCUUUCUGCAAGCUUGAAGCACUAGUAACUUGACUUACACAAAGGAAGCUGAGAUUAUCUUGAUGUUGAUCUCUGUGCCUAAUAUCAGUUUCUGCUGGGAGUGUGGAAAAAUCAAACAGUCCUGAGUGUAACUACAGAUUUCAGAAUAGAAAUUUACUGUCUGCAGAGCACAUGGCAGCACUAGUUGGGACUGAUGAGCAUGUUACCCAAGAAGCGAUGCUACUCAAGAUUGCAAAGGCUGCUGCAAAGCCCUUACUUGUAUAGGUGAUCCCCAUGGCAGAGAGCAAUGCUUAAACAUUUCUUCUGGGUUACACAACUCGUGUGCAAAACAUUUCACAUGUUGAGAGAGAUGCGCAUCCUUAAAGUGUUUAAAUUUAUCUUCUGCAUGGAUUGCUGGCACAAGAUAGCACUUGUUGGAGGCAGUGCGUAUCUCCUGGGUUCUUAACUAGGCCCCAGUCACUGAAAUAUUGCAAAGAGUUCUGACCGCCACAGUUUAGCAGAGCUGUUAACUUUUGCUUUUUUUUUUUAACAUGUAAGCUUACUCUACCACUCUGUUGCAGUUCUGGAUCAAUGUUAUAAUAUAGGCUAUUGCUGGAUGGCUUAUUGGAAUACAAUUUGUGGAAAAACUGCCUCAUCCCCCCCCCACCCGCCCUUUCAUUCAGCAGCAUCUCUGUACGGUGGGACUAUUGGGAUGUUGAUAAUUAAAAUUCUCUGGAUCUUAAA